CGGUUUUGUUCCCAUAGCAACGGCGGCUCCGGGCCGAGCAUGGCCGCCCUUCGGGUGUAUUACACCAGCGUGACGGGCUCCAGGGAGGUGAAGCAGAGGCAGUCUGAGGUUCUUCGUAUUCUGGAUGGAAACCGCAUGAAGUACCAGUUGGUGGAUGUCUCGCUCAGUGAAACUUUGCUGCAAGAGAUGAGGGACAAAGUUGGCAAGGCUGAUGCAGUCCCACCCCAGAUCUUUAACGGAGACGAAUAUUGCGGGGACUUUGAGAUGCUGUAUGAAGCAACUGAAAAUGAAGAAGUUAAGAAAUUCCUUAAGGUAGCAGCUGCAGACAGAGUGGGAAAAAAUGUGGCAACAAUUUGAAGAUGUUCCUUUAUAUAAGUGUUCAGUGCUUAAACCAUGUUUUUUUUUAAAGUUUAAAUAAAGGGAAUUUUGUAUGUCAAAGAAAUUUAGCUCCCUGUGAAAGACAUGGGAAUUGCAAAAAUUAAUAUCCACUGUAUCAGCUUUUUGUGUAAGGUUUACUAUGAGAACAAGGCAGUAAUACCUUUCUCUAAUAGUAGGAGAACACAACAAGUGAGCACACAUUAAAACACGCCUACUUGAAAUCUCUCCUACCAGAUAGAAGGAUUUUGACUAAUUUCGAACACCAGAGUGAAAGACCAAAUGGAAUCUAUCUUUUGAAGUUGUGAGUUCGGAUACCGAUAUUAUCUGGAUGAAUAAAAUAAUAAAGUAAAGUUA